AUGGAGUUCCUAGUCACAGCGACCAUUGUUCUUUAUGACUAUUGCUUGAUUCCAGAUUGCCAAUGGCUACAGGAGAAAGAUGACUCAGAUGAUAACAGCAGUGAUAAUUCUGCUAAUGACUCUGGUGAUAACAAACACAACGAAUCUGAUGAUAGUAGUAGCUUCUAUGAUUCUGAUCGGUCUGCACCUAGUCAUGAGGAGGAGGAUGACCGUAUUGUGGGCUAUGGUGAGAUUUCAAGGGAGCAUAUACGUACAGCAUACAAGUAUUUGAUUUAUGGUCAUAAAUCCCGUGCGGGUGAACCUGUGGAAAGUUAUGGAAAUUAUGGGAGCAAUGUUUCUGGUAAUUUUGGUGGUGUUGGUAUGCUUUUGAGCCUCUCACAUGUUAAAACAAUGCAGCUGUUAGCUCAUCCAGGAGAGGUGCUGCUGACGAGGGAGUCGAAAUCAUGCACUGACUUCAAAAACCUGAAGACUCUGACUCUUGGUGAAUGGUGUAUAACUCCUGGAUUUGAUGUUUUAGCAGCCAUGCUAGGGCACUCGCCAAACUUAGAGAACCUUUUUCUCCAGCUUGACAUGGCCUAUAACAGCAGAGUGGGUUUCAAUCCAAGGGCAAGUUCAUUCAAGUGCACCAACCUUAAGAUGGUGCACAUCACCUGCUGUAAGCAUGAUCUAAUGGUCCACAAAUUGGCAGAAUUCUUCAGUGAGAAUAGCAUACCCAAUAACAAGAUUUUUGUCCGUCGGUCUGCCUGCUCUGGAUGUGUUGGAGGCACAAGCUCUCAGGCGAAGCGCAAGGUGCAAAGCGAAGCUUACACAAUAGAAUCAAAGCGGAUGAAAGCAGGAAACUGAGGAAGACCCAGCUGAUGAGGGUACGCUGAUGUCAUACAGCAAUUGUGUUGAAGAAGACGUCAAGACGAUUAGUUGAGGCAACUUUUUGUUAUCUCACUGUCUCUGUGAAUCGCUUACUUUGUAUUGUAUUCUGAGCAAAAAAGG